AUGAUAAUGGCUAAUAAAAGUAGUGUAUGGGAGCUAAAUCACCGGGUCCUUGAAGAACGAGAAAAACUCGUCACCCGUUUCAUAGGUCUCGCUAAAGUUGGGAACACGAAGAACCUCAAAUACUUGUACGCAUUGAAGAUUAAGCCGGUGGAUAAAAUGUCGCGUGUUGAACUAGUGGCACAGCCUCCCGAUGUUACGGAGAACCCUUACUUCGAGACCAUCAAACAGCGAACGAAGACCAAGCCCAAGGAGACGGAGGUUCAGACAGACCAGUAUUUUUACGCGGUGUCGCAGAAGCGAGGCGCUGGUGAUGGUGGCGGUCGGAGGAAAAUGAAUUGGAAGCUGAAGAAAUACGAGAAACAGGACAAUCUUAGCUCCACCGAUGACUCCACGGCUGCCCCUAGCAGAGUGCAGGAAGCGUGCUGGUUUUGUUUGGGGAACCCUCAAGUAGCAAAGCAUCUCCUUGUGACGAUUGCAACCCAUGCUUACUUGGCGCUGCCUCGUGGUCCACUGGUUAAAGACCAUGUACUAAUCCUCACAGUUGGACACCACCAGAGCUGGCUGACGUGUCCCGAAGUUGUUCAAGCUGACAUCGAGGCCUACAAGAAGAGUUUGCGGAGCAUGUACAAGGCGGAGGGCAAGGUGAUGGUCGCUUUCGAGCGCAACUUCAAAACCCAUCACUACCAACUCCAGGUUGUGCCAGUGCCAUUUGCUGUAGCAGGGGAAGUCAAGAAAGCUUUCAUCGAAAUGUCAGAAAGUUGGCCCAAUUCGCCCUGUAAGUUAGAGCCCCUUCCAAAGUCUUCUUCAAUCAAGGAUUUUUGCAAGCCAGGAAUCCCCUACUUUUACGUGGAACUUCCAACCGGCGAGAAGUUAUUUAACAAAGUUGAAAAAGAUCGCCUCUCAGUUUCGGAUGUCAAUUUCGGCCGGGCUGUUUUAGCGUCGAAGACCAUUUUGAACUGCCCGGAGCGGAUCAAUUGGCGCGAGUGUACUGAGGAUGAGGCAACAGAGACAGAACUUACCGCUAACCUACGUGAGAAAUUCACUGCUUUUGACUUCGCAUGA